CUUACACUCGCGUUCCCUGCCGCUACUGAAAUUAACCGAGAAGAAGAAGAACAAAGCCAGGCGGCCCGUUCUUUGACUGCGUAGAAGCAUUUUGGGGAGUGUAUGUGUGUGUGAAAUACUAAUCUCAGCAUGGCAGACGUUUCUAUUCCCGAAGAGGAGCAAAAACAAGAGGAAAAUCCUGAAACCAUUCGGUCCGAAACUGACGAGAAUUCUCAAGAAACACCCAACGGUGUAAAAACGGAGAAUGAUGAUGGUAAAGAAACCAAAGAAAAGCAUGAUGGGAAAGACAAGUUCUCUGGCAUCAGAAAAGGAAACCGCUUUCAUCCCUACAAAGAAAAGUAUGGUGCAGAUAGGAAGAACACGUAUAGGAACCGAGUGUUCAUCAGCAACAUCCCGUAUGACAUGAAGUGGCAGGCCAUUAAAGAUCUAAUGCGUGAGAAAGUUGGUGAGGUUACAUACGUGGAGCUCUUUAAGGAUGCAGAAGGAAAGUCAAGGGGUUGUGGUGUGGUGGAAUUUGGGGAUGAAGAGUUUGUGAAAAAAGCAGUGUCGACUAUGAGCAAACAGGAAUUGAAUGGAAGGCCGCUCAACAUCAAGGAGGACCCUGAUGGGGAAAUUGCUCGGCGUGCUCUGCAGCGCAUAGGAGGGGGUCAGCAGGGAGGCCGUGGGCAGGACAUCGGACCAGGUGGGAUGAACCUCCCACAAUCCAUUGCCAACAACCCCAACAUACCACCUGACAUCAUCCUUGCACUGCAGUCUGGACGACUGGGCAACACAGUGUUUGUGGCGAAUCUGGACUUCAAGGUGGGUUGGAAGAAGUUGAAAGAGGUGUUUAGCAUCGCAGGUGUGGUGAAACGAGCAGAUGUUAAAGAGGAUAAAGAUGGCAAGAGCCGUGGGAUGGGAACUGUGACUUUUGAGCAGCCUCUUGAGGCUGUACAGGCCAUAUCCAUGUUUAACGGACAGAUGCUGUUUGAUCGCCAGAUGCAUGUUAAAAUUGAUGAAAAGUCUUUUCCUCUUGAAGAUUUUCGUCAAGUUGACAAAACUCCUCAGUUACCACGAGGUCUUGGAGGUAUAGGCAUGGGCCUUGGGCCAGGAGGGCAGCCUAUCAAUGCUAACCAUCUGAGUGGUGGAGGGAUGGGCUCUGGGGGAGCUGGAGGUAUGGAUGCUUCAAGUUAUGGUGGGAUGAACAGACUCAGUGGAGGAAUGAACAGUGGUGGAGGCUUUGGAGGCAUGGGCAAUAUGGGCGGCUUUGGUGGCAGAGAUAUGACCUCAGUUGGAAGGAUGGGAGAAAUGUUUCGGUCGGGAAUGGGUGGAAUGGAUCGUGACUUUGGCCACAACGACAUGUCGUUGAACAGAUUUCCGGACUCUUUUGGAGGAAUGGGUGGUGGUUUUGGUGGAGGCAUGAGCAGCGGUGGCAUGGGACCCAUGGGCACUGGCUUAGGCAGCAUGUCGCUGGACAGAAUGGGCUCCGGCUUUGACCGUUUGGGCAUGUCAGCAAUGGACUUGAACCGUGCUUUUGGUGCUUUUGGGGGUGGCGGCCACAUGGGUGGAGGCCUGUCUGACCGAGGUUCUGGCUCCAAAGGAGGCUGUCAAAUAUUUGUGAGAAAUCUGUCCUAUGACCUGACAUGGCAAAAGUUAAAGGAGAAGUUUGGUGUUUGUGGUCCAGUAAUGUACGCAGAAAUUAAAAUGGAGAAUGGAAAGUCAAAGGGAUGUGGAACAGUGAGAUUCGAUUGCCCGGAGAGUGCCGAGAAGGCCUGCAGGAUGAUGAACGGAACCAAGAUCAAUGGCCGAGAGGUGGACGUCCGCCUUGAUCGCAAUGCUUAGAGAUUUUGUAGUCGUUACUGUCAAACACUCACACAUUCAGACCCCUUUCCAAUGAUUCUGUUGUUUUGUUUUGUUUUAAAAACACAGUUUAUCUCCUUAUGUGUGUCCUUUUUCUUUUAUGUAUACUACAAUACCAUUUUGUCUGUUUUUCAACCCUCUUUUUAAUUUCAGUUUAUUUGAACAAAUAAACUUUUUAAUUUUUAAAA